AUGCAUUUCUCCGCUCACCACUACAGAACCAUCGCCAUCUCAGCCGUCGUGUUUGUCGUUGGCUUCCUCUCUUUCGCCAAUUACCAGCAUGUCUCCCCCGCCUCGGCGCCCCCACUCACUGCCGAAGGCCGCCGCGCCGGCCUGAGCGAGAUACCGCCGUUCGGCUUGGGGACUUGGCUCUCGGACAAGGACAAGGUCGCACAUGCUGUCGAGUUCGCAUUGAAGUCGGACUACAAUCAUAUUGAUGCGGCCCUCAUAUACAGCAAUGAAGAUCAAACCGGCAAGGGCAUUGCAGCAGCCAAGGUCCCCCGCGACAAGAUUUGGGUGACGAGCAAGCUAUGGAACGCACAUCAUCGGCCCGAUGAGGCAACAGCCGCAAUCAACCAGUCGGUCUCAGAUCUCGGUGUGGGAUACCUGGAUCUGUAUCUCAUGCACUGGCCCGUGGCCUUCGUCCCAGGCGAGGGCGACAAGCUGGACGAGGACACAACCAUCGUCGACACCUGGUGGGCUAUGGAGAACCUGGUCCGGGCGAAUCUGACUCGCCAUAUCGGCAUCUCAAAUUUCGCAAAGACGGACGUCGAGAAGAUCAUGGACGUCUGCACCAUCUGCCCGUAUGCCCACGAGUUUGAGACGCACCCCUACCUUCAGCAGCAGGCCUUCGUCGACUUCCACAGAGAGAUUGGAGUGAAGGUCAUUGCCUAUUCGCCCCUCGCCAACACGAAUCCGACCUACCACAAGGACAUUAAGCCAAUCAUGGAGGACGCCUUCUGGGUGGACUUGGCCAAGACCAAGAAUGCCACGGUCGCCCAGGCCGUGCUCGCCUGGGGACUCCAGCGCGGCACCGUCGUCAUUCCCAAGAGCGUUCAUGAGAAGUACAUCACGGAGAACCAGGGUGCUUUGGAGGUCAGCUUCACAGAUGAGGAGAUGGAUGAGAUCGCCAAGCAGGACAAGAAGGCUCGAAUGAACAACCCCGGGAAGAGCUGGGGCGUCAAACUGUUUGCCGACUUGGAUGAUCCGACGCAGCUGGAUGGUGGUGAUGGUGCGGAGCUGUAG